AAAAUCACAGAAGUUAAAUCCAUCCUUGAAUGCCUCUAAUGAGUCCAGACGAAACGCGGAAGGUCCACUUCUCUCUGCCCGGAGAUUUAACCUUACUUCGUAUGAAGCCCGCGGGCUACGCCAAACGUUACCAGCUAUGGAUCAAGACGCCGUCCACUGUGGAAAGCAGGAGGAGGUAACUGGACUGGUAUGCCAGGAAGAUGAUCUACAAGAUGGACAGAUGAAGGAAGUAACGGUGGAGGGUCAGAAGGUGUUGUUGGUCCGUACCCAGGGUCAGUACAGUGCUAUUGGAAGCCAGUGCUCGCAUUACAAUGCUCCUCUAGUUAAAGGAGCACUGGUUGGUGACAGAAUAAGAUGUCCCUUUCAUGGCGCUUGCUUCAAUGUCAGGACCGGAGAUAUUGAAGAGUAUCCUGGCUUGGACUGUCUGCCCAGUUAUAAGGUCAAAGUUGAAGAUGGCAAAGUGUAUGUGUCCAUCGACAAAAAUUCUCUUAAACUGACCAAGCGGGUGCGGGAAAUGUGCAGCAGAGAGCCAGGCACCAACCAUAGCAUCUUACUCAUAGGCGGAGGACCUGCUGCCCUGGUGUGUGCUGAGACACUGCGACAGCAUUGCUACCAAGGUCGAAUCAUCAUCGCAACCAAAGAUACCCUGCCACCGAUUGACAAGCCCAAACUGAGCAAGGUGAUGGAUACAGACAGCAGCAGUAUCCUUCUUCGUUCAAAUGACUUUUUCCAACAGUAUGGUAUAGAAGUGUGGACAAAGAAAGAGGCGGUGUCAGUAAAUCCAGUAGAUAAGAUGGUGAAGUUCAGUGACGGCUCUCUCCAGGGUUAUGAUCAGCUUCUCAUCUCAACUGGUUGUAGGGCAAGGCCGCUGGACUGUCUGGGCCAGGACCUGAAAGGAGUGAAGUUACUGGAGAGUUAUGCAGAUGCCAAAGAGAUCUCCAGCUCCUCUGUAGGCCAGAGGGUCGUCGUUAUCGGCACUUCCUUCAUAGGUAUGGAGGUGGCCUCCUACAUGUCAGACAAAGCUGCCAGUGUGGCCAUUGUUGGAAGUUCAGCGUACCCCUAUGAACGGUCCCUGGGCUUGGAGAUUGGGAAGAUGACUUUGCAAAUGUUGGAGGAGCAUAAUGUCAAGUUCUACAUGAACACCCGUGUCACUGAGAUCAGAGGAGAGGAUGGCAAGGUGAAAGAGGUGAUACUGAGGAGUGGGGCGGUCUUGGAAGCCGAUUUGGUGAUUGCAGGAAUUGGUGUCAUCCCCAAUUCUGACUUCUUAGAGGGAAGCCAGGUGGAACUGGAUUCUAGGAAGGCCGUGAUCACUGAUAAGUUCAUGAAGACCAGUGUGUCAGAUAUUUUUGGUGCUGGUGAUGUUACCUCCUUCCCUCUAACCCUCCGUGGAGAUCAGAGGGUCAACAUUGGCCACUGGCAGAUGUCACAAGCUCACGGAAAAGCAGCAGCCUUGAACAUGCUAAACAACCCAACCAAGAUUGAUUCUGUUCCUUUCUUCUGGACCGUGCUACUAGGAAAGAGCAUCAGGUACACAGGCUAUGGGGAGGGAUACACAGAAAUUAUAUUCAAAGGCAAAGUGGAGGAAAGGAAGUUCCUAGCGUUUUAUAUAAGAGAGGAGGUGGUGGUGGCAGCAGCCAGCCUAAUGUUUGACCCUGCUGUGUCUCGGCUUGCAGAACUGAUGGCUACAGGUCCACCCAUUACAAAGACACAAGCUCUAUCUGAUGACCUGAGCUGGUUGAAAAUGUAGCUCGUGGUCUAUGGCAUCCAGAGAGGACACACUUAAAAACAAUGUCAUUUUUUUUUCUGUUUAAAAUUAUAUCACUCACACACACACACACCUUUGCUACAUCAGGCCGCUUUAAAAUGAGUUACUGUUGUUAUCCAAUCUCACUUAUACAUACAUGAACUACUGUAACCUUGCAGCAACUGAAACUUUCUUGAAUAUUUACUUGGUGAACACAAUGAGUUGUUUGGACUCCAUAUCAUGAAAAAGCAAAUUAAUUGUCUAAAUUGGCCAGAGAAGACUUAACUUGAAGCUAACUUGGCCUGCAUCCCCCCCCCCCCAUUUUCUCCCCAGUUCUAUCUGGCCAAUUACCCCACUCUUCCGAGCCAUCCUGGUCGCUACUCCACCCCCUCUGCCAAUCCGGGGAGGGCUGCAGACUACCACAUACCUCCUCUGAUACAUGUGGCGUCGCCAGCCGCUUCUUUGCACAUGACAAUGAGGAGUUUCACCAGGAGGAUGUAGCGCAUGGGAGGAUCACGCUAUUCCCCCCAGUUCCCCCUCCCCCCCAAAUAAGCGCCCGACCGACCAGAGGAGGUACUAGUGCAGCGACCAGGACACAUAACCCACAUCCGGCUUCCCACCCACAGACACGGCCAAUUGUGUCGGUAGGGACGCCCGACCAAGCCGGAGGUAACACAGGGAUUCAAACCGCUGAUCCCCGUGUUGGUAGGCAACGGAGUAGACUACUACGCUAUCCGGACGCCCGCAAAUAUGCAUUUUUAUAAAUGGCUACACAAUGUACUUCAUCAAUAUUCAAUUUAGUUUUAUGCAUUUAACCAUUGUUUUCACAUUACACAAACAUUUAUAUUACGUUUUAUCCAUCGAUGAAUGUUUCAAAAAAACUUAACUCUGCCCCGACAGCUAUAUAGUGUAAAUCACUUUUUUCUGUAAAACGCUGUUUGAAUCUUAAAAUGCCCAAGGCACAUUUACCAUGGAAGAUGAAUGGAACAUAUUUCAUUAUGGAUUUGUUGUGAUUGUUUUUUUUUUCCCAUGCUGGUGUUCCAUGUGUACCAAAAUGUUUUUGAAAUGCAUUUAGAUAAUUAUAGAACUAUAUUCCACAGAGUUAAUGCCAAGUGUCAUGUGGUGAUACUGUUGACAGAUUUACAAUUUUGUGUAGGAUAAUCUGUGGGAAUGUCAAAUGUAAUGCCACUUAUGAAACUUAACCAUCCCAAUAAAACCGUUGAUAUUUCACGAUGAUCUUAACACAAAUCAAAAUAAA